UUUGUUGAUGCUUGUGUAUGUGUGUGUUGUAAAUCAACCACAUGGAGUCGUGAAAUUUUUCGUGAAUUUUACAAUUUUUCCAAUUUCCAUGUUAAUUUCUCCAUUAUGAAUUAACUUUGUGUUCAUGACUUGUCCAGUUUAUUCAUCCAAAACAAAAUGACGCAGUUGACGAUCCUCUUCGAACAUGCCGUUGGAUACACUCUGUUCGAUGUUGUCGAAUUCGAAGAAAUCGGGGCCUUUCUACCCCAGGUUGAACAAUCAGUUACCGACCUCAGCCGAUUUAACAAAGUAGUGAAGUUAUCUGCUUUCAUACCUUUCAAUACCGCUGUAGAUGCCUUAGAAGCAAUCAACAGUAUCUCCGAAGGUAUUGCUCCGGAAAGCUUGGCUUCUUUUCUGCAGAUGAAAUUUCUCAAAGGAUCUAAAAAAUCAGAACGUACUUUGGGUGUAGCAGAUUCUAAAUUGGCUUCUAAUAUAUCUGAAUCUUUGGGAGUAAAAUGUGUUUUUACUGGUGUUGUCCCGGAAAUAAUUAGAGGUAUUCGUUUCCAUUUUCAUAACUUGGUAAAAGGACUUACCGCUAAAACUGCUGCAGUAGCUCAGCUCGGUCUUGGCCAUAGUUAUUCUAGAGCGAAAGUGAAAUUCAACGUUCAUCGAGUCGAUAACAAUAUCAUUCAUAGUAUCGCAUUGAUCGACCAAUUCGAUAAAGAUAUUAAUAAAUUUUCUAUGAGAAUGAGAGAAUGGUAUUCUUAUCACUUCCCGGAAUUGUAUCAAAUUGUUCCGGAUAAUUACCUGUAUGCUAAAGUGGUACAAUACAUUGGAAAUAGAAAGGAGCUAUCUGAAGAAAAAUUAGACGAGUUGGAAGAAAUCGUGAUGGAUUCAGCUAAGGCUAAAGCUAUUUUAGACGCUGCUAGAAGUUCUAUGGGAAUGGAUAUUUCACCGAUUGAUUUGGAAAAUAUAUUGAAGUUUACUCAUCGUGUUAUUGGCUUGGCAAAUUGUCGGUCGUCAAUUUCUCAAUAUUUGAAAAAUGGAAUGUCUUCGGUAGCUCCAAAUUUGACUGCUCUACUUGGAGAACAAGUAGGCGCACGUUUAAUAUCGCACGCCGGUUCGCUAACAAAUCUAGCGAAAUACCCUGCUUCAACCGUGCAGAUAUUAGGAGCGGAGAAAGCGUUAUUCCGAGCAUUGAAGACCAGGUCCAACACUCCGAAGUAUGGUAUUCUGUUCAAUUCUUCAUUUAUCGGACGUGCUAGUACCCAAAAUAAAGGCCGAAUUUCAAGGUUUUUAGCAAACAAAUGUUCAAUAGCAUCUCGACUCGAUUGUUUUGCAGAAACCAAUGUUAAUAUUUUUGGCGAGAAAUUACGCCAACAAGUAGAAGAUCGUUUGAAAUUUUUUGAAACCGGCGAUUUACCACCGAAGAAUAUCGAUGUAAUGCAGGAAGCGUUUGAAGAAUUUUCUGAAUAUCAGAAAAAUUUGAAGCUCAAGUCCGAGAAAAAGAAAAAGAAGAAGAAGCAGAAGGAAAUAGCUCAAGAAGAAGUUGAAGAAGCAGCAGAUAAUUCGAAUAUCUCUAAUGGGGUGCCAAAAUCAAAGAAAAAGAAACGACCCAAAAGUGAAACGGUGGAAGAAGUGGAGAAUACGGAGGAGAUUGUCGAAGAGGCGCCGAUUCCGAAAAAGAAAAAGAAAAAACAUUCUAAAAAUGAAUAAUUUUUGUGUUUUUUUUACCAUUCGAUCAUUGUUUGUAAUUUUAAAUAUAAUGUUCUUUAAUA